UCUAGCCGUAUUCAGUUGACAAAGUCGAGUCAAAGCAAAAUGCAUUUUACCUCCAGUUUUCUACUCAUUGCCCUGGCCUGUGCCUGUGCCUUCUCCAGCUCCUUGGCCUAUCCCUAUCCUGAUCCCCGAGAGAUUGUGAACCUGCAGCCGGAACCAUUGGCAUACUCUCCCAAUUUCGACGUUGUGCCCUUGCACAGAGUGCGUCGCCAGUUCCAACUGAAUGGCGGUGGCGGUGGCAGCCCAAAACAGGGAUUUGACCUCAACCUCAACGCCCGUGCUCCAGUUUGGCAGAGUCACAAUGGACGCCACUCCUUCGACGCCACGGGGUCGUAUGGCCAGCACCUGGGAGGACCCUACGGCAACAGCCGACCCCAGUUUGGAGCCGGGGGUGUUUACACCUAUAGGUUCUAGGAAACUAGUAAAAUUUUUUAAUAUUUAUUAAAAUACAAAUAAAAAUAAAGCGAACUUA